GAAGGAGAAACGCAAUGCAUUUGCUCUGAUGAUCAGUUUCCAAUGAGGGUUUUGUAAGCUGUUGUGAGUAGUGGAAUUUUCUUAGAUGGUUGUGUUUUGUUUCUUUUUGUUGUUGUUGUUGUUGUUGUCUUCUCUUUUUUUGUGGUUUUUCGAUUGAGCGACGGUUUAAUGCUGUUGAUACUGAGGGAAGUGCAAGUAUACUUGUGCGAUGCGUUGCAGAGAUGGAUUGGUGGCAGGAGACCAAGAUUGUGUAGAGCCAAGUGGAUGAUUUGAGAUCUGUAUCCUGUACAAAGCCCAAGCAUGUCGGUUCGCAUGUUGAGGCGUGCUUUGAAGGAGCAGGAAGCUCAGGAUUCGCAUAGAGUUGAAGGUGUGAUCGCCGAUGAAGACGAUGACACCCCAAAUGAAAAACCUGCACAGAACCUUUUCAACCUACUUGGAUCAGAGGAGAUUGAAGAAGAUGUUGAUGAAGCGGAAGAUGAAGGUGAGGUAGCUAUUAGUAGUGAGUCUCAGAUGUCAAAGAACAGUUCGCUUACAGCCAAUUUGAGCAAGAGUAAGAAGAAGAGAAGUAAGGGAAAAAAGAAAGAAAAAUACUCGAGUUUACCCGUUCCAGAACCCAACCCUGGCUUUGAGGAGGAAUCUGUAGAUGAAUUGCUGGACAGAUUGGUGCUUCAAAAUGAGGAGGUUGCAUCAACUUCUGACGCAGCAACUGUUCCAGAUGUGGACCCCUUUGAGAUAUUAGGUGUGGAUUCACGUUACCUGAGAGCAGAAGAUGAAUUGAGGCGUAUAUUUGGAUCAAAAGUUAUAAGUGCUGCCGAGAGGGGUGGGGAUGGGAGCAGGAAGCGCCAGAUCCUUCAGAGAGGAGGUCGAGUGUGGUUGAAGAUGACUUUGUUGGUUACACCCCAUGAUCAUUGGCCGCGAGUUGAAAGUGGACUAUCCAUGGAGUGCAUUGAUUCCAAAGACGGUCUUCAAUUUUUCAGGUAUACAUUUUCGAGCUCGUACCAGGCAGUACAGAAGAGAUAUGAGGAAUAUUCGGCUUCUCAUGACCCCAACGCUAUUGCUAUGAUAGUAAACCAACAUCCAUAUCACAUUGACUCACUAUUGACUUUAGCGGACGUGUACAGACAUAUGGGUGAAACCCAGACGUCAUCUGAUCUUUUGGAGAGAUGUCUCUACGCCUUGGAAUAUGCAUGGCACCCCUGGUUCAAUAUAACAACUGGAAGGUGUAGAUUGGACUACAGAUGGGAUCCAAAUAAGCCAUUAUUCAUUGCUUUAUUCAAACAUAUGCAACACUUAGAUAGGCGAGGAUGUCACAGGGCGACACUCGAAGUUUGUAAAUUAUUGCUCUCAUUGGACUCAGAUGAUCCCUUGGGAUCAAUGUUUUGUGUUGACUAUUUUGCUAUAAGGGCUGAGAAAUAUGAUUGGUUACAAAGGUUUGUACGAGAAUAUGCGAUAGAUCGCUCACUUUCAUUGCUGCCCAAUUUUUCAUUUUCACUUGCACUUGUGCAAUUUCACAUCGAAGCUCAAGGGUCUACUUCCGGCUCUGUAAGGAGAGGGAAUGGCAACGCAUCAAUAGCUAAAUCACCCCAAGAUUUAACUGAAGAAGAAGAGUCCUCACUAGAACUAUUACAGCAGGCGUUAAUGCUUCAUCCUGCUGUUCUGAGGAAGAUAGUGGACAAAGCACCCAUCAAAGAGGAUUCUGCGUGGAUCAGUAUUCUAAAGCAUCCUCACUUCAGGAAGGCCACUUCAGAAGGCCCUACAUUGGACCACCUUAUAAAUAUUUACAUAACAAGAAGCUACUUAGUUUGGAGACCUCCUGAAGUUCAAGCGUGGCUAAAGAAGGGCGCUCAAGCUGUGGUUGACAUUGCUGAGAGGGCAGCCACAGUGCCCAGAGAGUUUUCGGAGAUUGCUAACUGGGCUUGUGUGCGGAAAGAGGUAUUUCCAGCAGAUCAAAAUGAGUAUAGGCAUCUGCUAGUAUCCGACUUCUCGGAUUCAAUACCAACUCUUCCUCCAGAAGAACUUCAGCAGUUUGGGCUUCCAGGCAACGGAGAGAACGCCAUGGCUAGGGUAGCGGAGCAAGGGAGGAGAUUGGAAGGUCGAAACUCAUUGCUCUUGUUUCUUCAGUCAUUCUUGCCGUGGUUCAACCAUGGGGUGGACUUGCAUGGCCAAGAGCCACCUCCCCGGGAUUGAGCCUCAUAUACUCGUAUGAGGUGAGUUGCUUUUAGUCAUUACUGUAUAUUACAUUAGAACAAUGUGUUGAAGUGAAAAAAAAAUUGUAUCAAAGAGAAGCAGGACUAAAAAAACUCGGGCAACUUAGCUCAUGCUUCUCUCUUGACGGUUUGAAAUGUUGCAAAACUUGAGCAAUUGCAUUUGAUGCCUACACUGGAAAAUUUGGUUUCACUGAAGAACCCGCAACUUGAAGUGCUUUAUUAACUCCUAGUGGCAAAAUGUGGAGAAUGAAGUCUUAUAAUUA